UGGCCCAGUAGCUUCAUACCCAUACCCCCAAGCAAAACCUAGCCGCUCGCCGCCUCCGCCUCCGCCGCCGCGACGAGAUGGAGGUCGACAGGGCCGCGAGCGCCGCCGCUGCGGGGGAGUCCUCCUCCGCCGGCGCGAUGGCGGUGGAGAAGCCGCGGUUCGAGGCGCUGAUGCCGAGCGAGAUGAGCGGCGGGAGGCCCCAGUUCCGGAAGGUGCCGGUGCCGCAGCACCGCUUCGCUCCGCUGAAGAAGGCGUGGAUGGACAUCUACACGCCCGUCUACGAGCACAUGAAGAUCGACAUACGCAUGAACCUGAAGGCAAGAAGGGUGGAGCUAAAAACAAGGCAAGACACACCAGAUGUGAGCAAUCUUCAGAAGUGUGCAGACUUCGUGCAUGCUUUUAUGCUUGGAUUUGACAUCGCAGAUGCCGUUGCAUUGCUCCGCCUUGAUGACUUGUAUGUGGAUUCCUUCGAGAUCAAGGAUGUGAAGACACUCCGGGGUGAGCAUCUGUCACGUGCUAUUGGCCGUUUGUCAGGGAAAGGAGGCAAGACCAAAUACGCCAUUGAGAAUUCUACCAGGACUCGCAUAGUUAUUGCUGACACAAAGAUCCACAUACUUGGAUCCUUUGUUAACAUCAAGGUUGCUCGGGAUUCACUCUGUAGUCUCAUCUUAGGUUCUCCUGCUGGCAAAGUGUAUUCAAAGCUAAGGGCCGUUUCUGCCAGGUUGGCUGAAAGGUAUUAAAUGAGUUUUGGUCCAAUCAUAUAGUUGCAGUUUUGAUCUUAUAGUAUGUUCUACUAGCUGAUUUGUGUGAGUGGGCAACUUAUUGUAAUGUUCCGAUGAAUAACCAAAUGUAUGCUAGUAAUAGAUUUGUAAUGAUAUGCCUUUUCUACCGCCUGUUUGAGGGAAUGGUAAGUCGUGCUAUGAUGUACUGCAUGUAAAAUGUUUACAUCCAGCUGUGCCACUGAAAUGAAUUCAGUGCCAGAAACCUGAUAAGUUGCUUCCUAGAAUUGUCACCCCGUUCCUUCAGAAUGCAAGAAAUGUUGAUAUCGUCAAGCUGGUGAUGGUCGUU